AUGUUUCCAUCUGAGAGUUUAAAUGAUAUUGUUGAAGAUCCAACAUGGGAAUUAGGUGAUGAUGUUUAUCUUGAAGAUGAUUAUAUUGAAGAAUCACAAGUAGAAUUAGGUGAAAAUGAAAUUGAUCAAAAAGAAGUUAUUGAUCGAACGAGUACAAGUCAUUCAGUUCGAAUACCAACAACAAAAUCAAUAAGUUCCUCAGUACAUGGUGAUAGUAAACGUGUUCGAUUAAAAAAUCCACAUCAACAAUUAUAUACUUAUGGUAGUGUAUCAGUUAAACGUGAUCCAGCUAUUGAAUCAAUAAUUGAAUCAAGACAAUUUUCUAUUAUUGAAAAUGGUUAUACACGUUUAGCACAAACUACAUCACAACCAACUAAACUUUCACAACGUUCAAAUCCAUUUGAAGUUCCUAUAUUAACAGAAUCAGAUACAGACAUUAAAGUUAGAAACUUUACUUCUCAAAAUAAAAAAAAAAUAUCAACAUUACCAACAACUGAAUUAGAUAAUCAAGGAUGGGAUGAUGCAGUAAUUGUAGAACAUGAAAAAGAAAGUAUGUCAGGAUUAGAUAAAUCAUGUGUACAAAUAUAUGAAGAAACAUGUACACGUUUAAAUAUUUGUCCUUGUUCAAUCAUUGUUCGAUCAUUAAAUACAACAGAAAUAAAUUUACGUAAUUAUGGACUUGGUCCACGAGGAUGUGCAGCAUUAGCAGCCAGUCUUAUUCGUAAUACAACUGUUCUAUCACUUAAUUUGGCAUCGAACAAUAUUGGUAAUGGCGGAAUGGCAUAUGUCUAUCGAAUUCUUACAGAAAAUAUAUAUAUUGAGGACUAUGAUCUUUCAUUUAAUAAUCUCGGUACGAAAGGUAUUCGUAAAUUAGCUGAUGCUCUUACUCAAUGUGCUCAAAUAAAAACUUUAAGUGUAGCUGGAAAUGAAUUAUCAGCUAAUGAUAUUAAAUUUUUACUUUCAAGAUUAGAGGAUCAUCAAAGUUUGAUAACUCUUAAUAUAAGUCAUAAUCAAUUAGAUGAAGUAGGUGGAAAACAUAUUGCUGAAUGGCUAACUGAUAAUAAUAUGUUACUUAAUCUUGAUGUUAGUUGGUGUAGUAUUCGUUUAAUGGGUGCUAAAGCUUUAGCUAAAGCAAUUGGUGAUAAUAAUAAAUUAAUAUCACUUGAUUUAUCACAUAAUAGUUUUACAAAUGAUACAAUUGAAAUAUUAACAAAUUCUUUAACACGUAACAUGUCAUUAUGUGAAUUAAGUUUACAUGGUAAUCAAUUGAUAUGUAGAUAUGAUGCAACAAUUAAAGAAAAUCCAUCAUUAUUAAUUACUGGAAAAGAUUCUCAAGUAUAUAAAAUGAUUGUAUCUGCUGCAACAAAUCAAUCAUUAAAAAUAUUUCGAUUAGGACGAAAUCAUAUUGAUACACGUUGUUUAAUGAUAAUAUUAGAAUCAUUAUCACAAAUGAAUAAUAUUACAUUAGAAGAACUUGAUUUAACAGGUUUAACAAUCAGUGCAAAACAAAUAUCAAAAAUUGAUUUACUAUUUUUAAAUCAUCCUAAAUUAACAUGUUAUGUUGGACCAGUAAGACAAACAGUUGAACAUUUUACAAAUCAUCUUUUAAAUUUAAUACAUGCUUAUUGUGAAGAACAUUCAAUUACUUUAUCAGAUAUAUUUAGUUCAAAUGAAGGAACACGUACGACAAUAUCAAUAAUUACAUAUGAACAAUUUCUUAAUGGAUUAAGAAAAGCAAAAAUUCCAUUUCCAAUAGCUCGCAUUGAUGAUAUUAUGAAAUAUUUGGGACGAGAUAAUGAACCAGGACAGAUUCCACUUAGAUCAAUGAGUAUUGGUUAA